CACAGCUCCCACACCAACACCGGACCAGAGCCUCCUGCUCCAUCCCCACAUCCACAGCUCCCACACCAACACCGGACCAGAGCCUCCUGCUCCAUCCCCACAUCCACAGCUUCUACAUCAAUACCACCCGGAGCCUCCCGCUCCAUCCCCAGCCCCACGGUAAAAUCAAAUGGGAGCUGAAUUCCAGGCUGGAAUUCGAGUCAGAUGUCACCCGCGCUGGGCUGUCUCAGGAUAUCAGACCACGACGGUCAUUUCCUGCCGGGAAGCAACCACCAAGCCCACCCUGAGCACUGUGCCACGGCGGCCUCUUUGCUCUCCCAGAGGCGCACAAGCUGCCGAGCCGAGAGGAUUGCCGCACUCCCCACGCAGCCUUCGGUUCUGCCUCCGGUGAGCCAUUGCCUCUCCCUCCCGCCCGCCUACGCCCAUCCCCUCUCCCACCAACCUUCUGGGACUUGCCGCUGGGUGAGGGUGGACGUCAAGGAGCUUUGGGAUCAGGGACUCCAUCCCCGCGGCCGCACUCUCCUCCCCACCGAGGAGCCGGGAGCAGCUCCCAGGAUGGCUGAGGUGACCACUGCCCACCCUGAGACACACACUGUCCUGAAUGAGUACGGGGACUACCACAACUGGUCUGAGCUGUUCCACCUCCUGAACUACACCUACACCUUCUGUGAGUUUGGCUUGGAUGAGAAUGUCAAGCGCGUGAUCCUCUUCAUCCUUUACCUAGUCAUCUUCGUGGUGGGCCUGGUGGAGAACCUCCUUGUCAUCUGGGUCAACUGGCAGACACGGGGCCACAAGAGCUUGGUCAACCUCUACAUCAUCAACAUGGCCAUUGCUGACCUUGGCGUGCUGCUCUCGCUGCCCAUCUGGAUGCUGGAGGUGAUGCUGGAUUACACCUGGCUCUGGGGGAGCUUCCUCUGCCGCUUCACCCACUACUUCUACUUUGCCAACAUGUACGCCAGCAUCUUCUUCCUCACCUGCCUGAGCGUGGAUCGCUAUGUGUCUCUGACCAGCUCCUCCCUGUUCUGGCGCAAGCACCAGCACCGCGCACGCCGCACCAUCUGCGCCUGCAGCUGGGUCUUGGCAGCAGCGAUCCCGUUCCUGGAGGUUGCCCACAUGCAGUUGGUCAACACCGGAGAGCCCAUCUGCAUAUUCAUGGCCCCCUUUGAGACCUACGAUGAGUGGGCGCUGGCCGUCAGCUUGGCCACCACUACCAUUGGGUUCCUCAUUCCCUUCCCCAUCAUCACCGUCUUCAACAUCCUGACGGCCAGGUUCAUCAAGCGCACCAAGCCGGAGAGCAGAAAGCACUGUCUGCUCAUCUACGCCUACAUCGCUGUGUUCCUCCUCAGCUGGCUGCCCUUCCACAUCAUGCUCACGCUGCUCACCCUUGACGGCAACCACAUCAUCCUCCACUGCACCUUCGCCCACUUCCUCUACUUCUUCUACGACAUCAUCGACUGCUUCACCUUGCUCCACUGCGUCAUCAACCCAAUCCUCUACAACUUCUUAAGCAAAAACUUCCGCAGCAAGCUCAUCUCCGCCGUGGUUAAGUACAUCCCCAAGGACCAGGACAACCAGAAGGGCGCAGACAACUCCUCCUCCACCACGCAGCACUCCAUAGUCAUCACAAAGGACAACAGCCCUCCCAAUUAAGGGGGACCGGACUCUCCCGCUCGUCAUCGGCGAGCGGCUGGGCUGGGAGCAGCUCCACUCGGUGAGAUUUUCCUGGUGAUAAAUAGACACUUUGCAUUUAAACACCUCUUGGCUGGGCACCUCCUGCGCUCUGAGGGCAGGGAGGGCACCAGCCGUGGACUGAGAUGAAGCAGGGAGCGACAGCCACCUCGCCUCCGACGUGCGGCUCUGUCAGAUCGGUUUAGCGAAAGAAAUAUGAGAAAGGGAUAUUUCCUGUUUUCCACAACAAACGCUUGCAGUAUAAACCGCCUUGCUCUGCCUGCUCGGAACUCUGAACACCAAUCCAGCCCCACAAAGCCGCCCCCCUCCUGCCUGCAUGCCGUGGGGCUGGGGGACACGGUCCCAUCCUUCCCCGGUUCUGCAGCCCCCGACUCUCCUUGCCCACCCGCCCUGGAUGCACCGUGCAGAGGGGCUGCUGAGCACCAUCCCAUGGCGAUGCCAUCCCGAGCGGAGAGAGGGAAUUCCUUCCUUCAAAACCCCACAGCCCCACACUCAGAAAGGGGCCAAAAGCCGGAUUCUAUGGCAAUGAAUUCCCCACAUCCCUGCAGGGCUGAGUGCGGAGCUGAAGUCAGCAACUCCAUGAGCAACUUUGCAAACCCAGAAGUAAAUUAUGAUGAUUAAAAGUGGGUUUGACAGGGCACGGCUACUCCUAAUGUGCCCGGUGCACUUCCCAGUCGGAGUUUUGCAGCAGGAGACCCAUGCCGUUAAACCCAACCGCCUUUAGAGCAUCUCCCAGUGGGUUCCUGAGGCCACCGGGCACGUUUCUGUCCGUCGGAAGGCUUCAGCAGCCCUUUGUGCACACUCCCUUUCAAUCAAAGUGGCCCCAAGGGAGUGCAAACGCGUGCAGAAUCCCUCGGAGCUGGAGCACAGGCUGGGUAAGGAACUGGAGCAUCCGGAGAAAGCUCAUCCUUGCCCGGAUUCCGCUGUCACGCGCUGCAGGUCAGGCCCUUGGGCAGGGGAAGGUGAACGAGCAGCGGUCGCUGGAAGCCCAUAAAUCUUCCAAAGGCCUUGAGCUGCUGAAGAAACACAUUUGAAAAAGCAAAGCAUAAGCAGAUCUCGGGACAGGAUGCUCGUGGCAGCGCGGAGCUGGAGGAGCUCCCGGGCUGCGGAGGCGCCAGGACCAGGGGUUAACAGGGGCACUCUUAUCACCGACGGGCUGGGAAGGGCUCUUGCUGCUCACGGAGAAUCACUCACCACCUCAGGGCUGCUUCCUUCUUGCUGCCUGGGAUGCCAGCAGCCACAGGAAAGGCCAAUUCUGCCUCUCAGAUGGGAAUAUUUCAUUUUGUAGCUGGGGAAGAAGCCGAUGUCCUGGACGUAGCAGUGCAGGGAAGCGCCUGGCGCAGCUCCUGUUCCUCAGUCCCGUUAUUUAUGUGGUUUCACAGUGUGGAUACUGGGGCUGUUGCCCUCCGGGGUAGAGCCUUCCCGUCGGGAUCCACACCAGCACCGACCUCGGUGCCACCGACCGUGUGAGUCCUGAGCACAAUGCGCACAGCGGAGCCAAACAGUGAACGGGAAAGCAGCUCCACACCAACACAGAGCACAGCCCUGAUCCCAAACCCUCCCUGCGGCUUCGUUCCGCUCAUCCCCUGCUGCUUCCAGGGAAGAAAUAGAAACCGAGUACACAAAGAGAAAAUACUUGAGGUGUGACAUAGAAUCAUGGAAUCACCAGGUUGGAAAAGACCUCUUGGAUCAUCGAGUCCAACCAUUCCAGGACAGCAACAUAUUCAAUUGCAAGAUACUCAAACAUGUAAAACUCGGUAUUUGAGCUAUUAAAGUCAUGGUUUUAAACUCUCCCAAUGCAUCUUCUACUUUGUUCAUAGACCUCGAGGCCAGAGUGGUCUCAGAUAAACCCUCGCAAAGUCCCACACGGCGAUCGGGGCUCCACAUCCCAUGUGUCUCCAGCUCCCUUCUAAAGCCCAACGUCCCCUCGGGGUGAGUUGGCUCUGCCACGGGCUCCUAAGCCAUCACCCAGUAUCCACCCCAGGUCUCCUAUGCCUACUGCCACUCGUCCCCUGGGUGAGCUGUCCCCAGGCUGCCCACAGCCAGUCUUAAAAUAAAAUUAAAAUAGAAAGGGCUUAUAAAACCCUGAAAAUCCCCUAAACGGCUUCCAGGGAGGGCUCUGCUCCCACCCCACUGCGGAACCUGCGGAAGUGCCAUGGCCAGUGCCCCUUGCAGUGCUCCAGGUGCCAAAAGAGGCAGCAAGGAAGAGGUCCUGACUGCUGGACUUGUGCCACGAACCCUGCAGAGACCAGCACAGGAGCAGCAACGGUUCCCGAGCUCAGCCGGGCAAUCCCGGAGAGGCAGAAAUGCCAUUCCCGCGCUCCCAGAAACAAGUUGUGUAAAGCAGCAGCGCACAAGAGGUCAACAUUUUCCAUUUUAUUAUUCUAAAUAAAAACCACACUUUGUGCUGAACAAUGAGUAGAAAAGAACCCGAUGUACAACGAUCGUGGACGUCUACUGCCGGGGAGCUUACAAAAUAUACAAAACUUUACAGCAAUAGAUAGUAAACACUUAAAUACCGGGAGGUCAGUACCUACGAUCAACGUAAUGAAAGGUUAGACAGCCAUUAACUCUUCCUUCGGCUUAAUUACUCUGGUAAGGGACCUGGAUCCUUUGAGAAAGGGGAGAUUAAGCGGAACUUGGUGGCAUAGGAGCCCGAACGGGCUCCAAGGGAGGCGGAUUGUGUCCAGGCUUCCUGCAAGAACCUGCGACCCGGCUGCUCCUGGCUGCGUUUCCCCCCUCGCAGGAUCCCAAAGCACUUUGCAAACACAGGUCAAACCCCCCGGCUGCCCCGGGCGAGGUAGGUGAAUGUGGUCCCAUAGCCUCGGAGGGGACAAGAGGCCGGGAGUGAGCUUGAAGGCCGUGUCGCGAGGCAGCGGUGGAGCAGGAACAGAGCUAGGCACGGAAUUUCCAUCCCAGCUCCCCCACUGCCUCCGACGCCGAGCUGCAGCCACGCACACGGGCUGGGAGCUCCGGCAUCACCGGGUACCUCCACUGCGAUGCAGCAGGGUCAGAGCUACGGUUCCUUGUGGCAACGCAGCCUAUGGGGCACUCGGGACAAACCCAUUGCUCCAAUUGACCCCAUCCUCUCCAGCUGCACAGCUUCCCAGAGGAAUGCUGGAGCUACCGGCCAGACUCAGGACAGCCACGACGCCAAGGGGAUGGGAACAGAGCCCCAGUGUGGGCUGCGGGCGUGGAAAGGCCCUGGAGGAACGCUCAGGUCUCCCAUCCCUCCUGGGAGAAGAGCAGCAGCACAAGGGCAGCCCAGCACGGGAGCGCUGCAGGUCCAGGUCCAUCCCUGCAUCCCCACUGGGAUCGGACUCACUGCGGGUCUCGGGAUGUUUCAUGUGGGAGUGACUCACAAUAACACAGGGGAAAACCCAAGACACAGGAACGCCAGAGCCCCGACAACCAACAACAACCGGCAGAAAACAGGGUGGGUUUCUCCUCUCCCACCCCCGUGUCCGGAGGGUGGACUCGUUCUGCCCAGUAGUGUUUCAGUGUAAAAGCUUCUCUUUUUGGUUCAUGUGCACAAAAGGCUUUUGCUUCACAGCUUUGCUCAACCCAGAGCCAAGGACACGACCGCGCGACAGCGCCUCAGCCCAUCCCAAAGCUCGUUGGGAUGUCUGGGACAUUCCAGGAGGGCCUCGAGGCUUCGAGGACUCAGCUCUCAUCCACCUCCUCCCAUCCUUCACAGUAAUCUCCAGAGCUGAGUGGGUCGCAUCCAUUCCAGCCCAUCCCACGGCAAUCCACCACCAACUCCCGAUCUGCCGCCAACUCCCUCACGUUCCUAAAGCGCCACGUGUACUCAAAAUCAUUUUUUUUACGUUUCAAAGCACUUGGCAGAACACGGCUCCACAGACCCUGGAGACCCCAGACCACACCUCGCAGCCCAGUGCGACCAUGAGACUGGAGUUUGCAGAGCAGAGCUCUGGUGGCAGACACGGCACAGCCUCAAGGUCACCCCCUGCUUCGGCAUCUCCUCUGGAAACAGCCUCCAGACACCAAAA